UCCAGAAGAGGAGGAGAAGGAGGCGGAGGAUCUCCUUUCCUUUUCCCAGAUCCCAGAGCGUCCGGGACGUAGAGCCCGGAACUGGGGGGACGCGGCGACUGCGGGGGCCCGGGCAUCUCCCUGGAAAAAGAGACAUGAAUGUCUGCAAUGAUAUUUCCUGACAAGAAGUUGAUACAAGAGAAGGAAAGGAGAUCAACAGCUAGUGAGCAGAGUUUCAAGUAACCAGGAUUUUGUAUUUACCACCUCGAACUAUAGACUUCUGUUGCCUGCUUUUAAAUCAGAGAUAACUACAGUCAGACCCGGAUAACGCAAAAGAAUACUUUUCUUUUGUAUUUUUUGAGAUCAAAGAAACUGCAAUGUCUAGGAAACAGAACCAGAAGGAUUCAUCAGGAUUCAUUUUUGAUUUGCAGUCCAAUACUGUACUGGCCCAGGGAGGAGCUUUUGAAAACAUGAAAGAGAAGAUAAAUGCAGUGCGUGCAAUAGUUCCCAAUAAGAGCAACAAUGAAAUCAUCCUGGUUUUGCAGCACUUUGAUAAUUGUGUGGACAAAACAGUACAAGCGUUCAUGGAAGGUAGUGCCAGCGAAGUACUCAAAGAAUGGACAGUAACAGGCAAGAAAAAGAACAAAAAGAAGAAAAGCAAACCAAAACCUGCAGCAGAAACAAGUAACAGUAUCCCAGAUUCCAGUAAAUCGGUUUCCAUUCAAGAGGAGCAGUCUGCGCCUUCCUCCGAGAAAGGUGGUAUUAAUGGUUACCAUGUCAACGGUGCCAUCAAUGAUACUGAGUCUGUGGACUCACUCAGUGAAGGUAUGGAGACGCUUUCAAUAGACGCUAGAGAAUUGGAGGACCCUGAAUCAGCUAUGCCAGAUAUGCUGGACAGAACAGGAUCCAUGCUGGAGGAUGGUGUCUCUGAUUUUGAGUCCAAAUCUUUGACUAUGCACUCUACUCAGAAUUCUCAACAAAAUAGGAGUGCUGCCAAGUCUCUCUCAAGACCUACCGCUGGAGCUCAGUUUUCAAAUCUGGGGAUGGAAGAUGUUCCACUCUCCUCCACCAACAAAAAGCUAGGUUCCAAUAUUGAAAAAUCUGUGAAAGACCUCCAGCGCUGUACAGUGUCUCUUGCACGGUAUCGAGUUGUAGUUAAAGAAGAGAUGGAUGCUUCCAUUAAGAAAAUGAAACAGGCUUUUGCUGAAUUGCAGAACUGUUUAAUGGAUCGAGAAGUUGCAUUGCUUGCCGAAAUGGACAAAGUGAAAGCUGAAGCAAUGGAAAUUUUGCUCAGCCGACAAAAGAAAGCCGAACUUCUAAAGAAGAUGACCGAUGUGGCUGUUCGAAUGUCAGAGGAGCAAUUGGUUGAGCUCAGAGCUGAUAUCAAGCACUUUGUUAGUGAACGUAAGUAUGAUGAGGAUCUGGGACGAGUAGCCCGGUUCACCUGUGAUGUAGAGACCCUAAAGAAGAACAUUGAUUCAUUUGGACAAGUGUCCCAUCCAAAAAACAGCUAUUCAACCAGACCUCGAUGUAGCUCAGUUACAUCUGUGUCCUUGAGUAGCCCGUGUGAUGCCUCUGCUGCUUCCUCUUCCACCUGUGCCUCUGCUCCCAGCCUUAUAAGUGCUAACAAGAAGAACUCAGCACCAGGAGAGACUCCUGCAGCCACAGCAAACUCCAGUGGCCGGCCCUACCAGCCUCAUCGAGAGGUAUUGCCGGGGAACAGACGAGGAGGACAAGGCUACAGGCCACAAGGCCAAAAGUCCAAUGACCACAUGAACCAAGGGCGACAUGACAGUGUGGGGCGUCACAGAAAUAGCUCAUGGUACUCAUCUGGUUCCAGGUAUCAGGGUGCGCCAGCCCAGGCACCAGGAAACAGUGAACGAGGCCAGGCGCACUCUGCAGGGACCAGUGGAACUGGAGCCAGCAUGGAGCCCAGCCCACCCAAGCCCUCGUUCAAAAAGGGGCUCCCCCAGCGCAAACCCAGAACCUCUCAGCCUGAAGCCGUGAAUUCGUGAGGGAAAUUCCAGUUGGCCUCUCUCCUCUGUCUCACACAAUUCAACUUGGUAACUGGACUUUAGGAAACUUAUAGUUGGAUUUAUUAACAAAAAGAAGUUUACACAUAUCACUUUGUACGCCAUUCUAAAUAUUUUUGGUUUCUUCUCUUCUCAUUUCCUCUUUACCAUUUUUGGAGGGGAAGCUGUUUUCUUCCUUGACCUUUCCCAAUGAUAUGGAUUGAUUCUGAUUGGUCAUUUCCACCAGGAAUCAUAGGCAACCAUUGCCAGGUUUCUCAAGGGUAAGUGAUGUUCUGCCCAGUGCACCAGGCCUUUCAGUUGUCCGAAGAGGCCUUCCUCAGCAACCCCAUACUGUUCAGGCUCUCAGGAGGAGAUGGAUCAGACUGUUGCCUUUCCAGUCUAAGCAGAAGCCGCACACGCCUGUCAGGUUCCCUCGAAACAACAGUUUAACCAGAAGAGGCAAUGAGGGGAUUGCGUGCAGCUCUGAAUUAGCCAGAGAAGAGGAAAUUUAAUUGGUCAAAAGGAAAGAACACUAGGAAACAAUCUGCCUCUGCUCCCAGAACGUGCCUGAGAUUGACACUCAGAUCAGGGUUUCAGUCUCCUGCUUGGCACCGUUGCUUAACCUGCAGUUUCUUCAAAAUAUCCAAAGCCUUGUUUCCUGUUACCUUAGACUGCACACCAGUCUAGGGAAGUCUAUGGGAAAGUAGCAUUUAAUUAAAGGGAAAAAAAAUAUUUUUGUUUCAAUGUUUGAAGAUUUUUGUUGUUAUUGUUGUUCUCCCUCUUUCCUGAAUCCUAUUCUGAUCCUCAACCAAAUUUAUAGCAAUAUAAUUAGUGUUAAUCUAAGGUGUUACCCAUCCAAAAAUUGCUGCAGUUAAUAUUUAUAGUUGAAUAAAUAAAAACAGCUGCAUCAAUGUUC